UAAUUUCAGUUGCAGGGAGUGUGUAUUCAUAGAAUCUAGUUUCAACUGGUUUUCUUGCGUUCCAAAAGAAGUGCGGUGAGUCGUAAUUAAACAAAGUUAACAGUGUGGUAUAGAUGCGCUUUUAUCAGUGAUCAGUCCUAAACAUGGCAGAAAAAGCAAAACUGUAUUAUUUUGAUGGAAGGGGUCUAAUGGAAUCGAUUAGGUGGCUGUUAACAGUUGCUGGCGUUGAGUUUGAAGAGGUAUUUUUGAAAACCAGAGAACAAUAUGAACAGUUGCUAAAAGAUGGAGCCCUUAUGUUUCAGCAAGUGCCUCUUGUUGAAAUUGAUGGAAUGAAGCUUAUCCAGACCAGAGCUAUUUUAAACUACAUAGCAGCAAAAUACAAUCUGUAUGGGAAGGACCUGAAAGAAAGAGCCAUGAUUGAUAUGUAUGUGGAAGGAAUCCGAGAUCUGAUGGAUCUUCUUAUAAAGCAUCCAUUCUUGCCACCUGCAGAAAAAGACAGCAACACUAAGCUCAUCCAAACAAAGGCUGUAGACAGGUUCUUUCCAGUUUAUGAACAGGCCUUGGCUCAGAGUGGAGGAGGUUACCUCGUUGGUGGCCAGCUUAGCAAGGCUGAUGUUCAGGUGUUUGAGGUUGUUUUGAUGGUUGAAGAAAAAUUACCUUCAAUUUUGUCCAGUUUCCCGCAGUUACAGGCUUUUCAAUCGAGAAUGAGAAAUGUACCAGCCAUCCAGAAGUUCCUACAACCAGGCAGCCAGAGAAAAGCACAACCUGAUGACAACUACGUGAAAACUGCCAUGGAAGUUCUGAGAUUCUAGAGAAAAGCUAAAAGCAAUUGCUAGUAAAAAGCUUUUAUUAUAUUAGUACGAACAGACAGUCAUUAUCAGUCUUACAAAAUUGACUGUUCUCUGUAACCUCUGCACUGAGCAUGCUGUUAUACACCAAAUAAAACUAAAACUAUGUGUUUUGAUGUAUUGUACCGGUACCUGACCUGUUCGUUUUGAGAUUAAAAAAAUUAAGUAUACAA